GAAGGUGGGCGGUCUGGCGGCCUCCCAUUUUGCGGCUGCCUGAAGGAGGAGGCGGAUCGCGCUGCCGCAUAGCAGACAGGGAGGCUUCGCCGCUUUCAGGAGCAGCCAUGCCGAAACAUGAGUUCUUUGUAGACAUGACCUGUGAAGGAUGCUCCAAUGCUGUCACCCGUGUUCUCAACAAGCUGGGAGCUGUGCAGUUUGAUAUUGAUCUCUCCAACAAGAAAGUGACUAUCGAAUCGGACCACAAUGUGGACACCUUGUUGGAGACCCUGAAGAAAACUGGGAAAAAUGCCUCCUACCUCGGAGACAAGUAACAGCAUAGGAUGGCUUGUCUGGUGGGGUUUCUGUGCUGCAGGAAAGCAAAGCUAACAUGGCUUCAGUAUGAAGGCAGCUGUUUAUGCUUCUAUCAGGCUCCUUCCUUUGACCGCAGUUGCCCUGCCAGAUGCUGGAGAAGAGAGGAAGGGUGGGAAGAAAAGAUGCUUUGUAGGGUGAGGACUAAAAUACAUUUUAACCAUAGAUGUCCAGAUCUCCUCCUCCAAAUGUAAUGUUUGUGCAUUCUUCUUUUGGAGCCUUGUAAUAAAACAAGGAGUUGCUUCUAUUUUCAAGUAAA